AUGGCAUCAAGCAACACACAACUCACUUGCGCUGACUAUCACGUUGCAUGGAUAUGCCCACUGGCGGACGUCGAAUUGCUGCCUGCUUAUUUGAUGCUGGACGAGGAGCACUCCACGCCGCCGUACAGCCAGCACUACGACGAGAACACGUAUAUCUGCGGCACAAUCAACGGCCACAAUGUCGUCAUCGCAACCUGCCCGCCAGGAGAGACAGGCAAUGUCAACGCCGGGCGCUUGACCGGGCCCAUGUUCAAGACCUUUCCUAACAUCAGAAUGGCAGUGCUCGUCGGCAUCGGAGGCGGGAUCCCUUCUCCGACCCCCUCUGAGGAUUCCUUGAAGAACAUUCAUCUCGGAGACGUCGUCGUUGGAUUGCCUGGCGACGGGAAGCCCGCUUGUGUCUACCACGACCGGGGAAGGCUGAAGCUCGACGGCAAAACCGAGAUAUUGGGCACGAUGCAGAACCCGGACUGGAGGCUCGCGGACGCGCUCGGUAUCCUCGCAUUGAAGUACAAGUUGGGUCAAACUACGAUUCCAAAGCAGCUUGAGAGAUUGCGGAGUCACAAGGAGUUUGCGCACCCUGGCUUUCAACACGAUCGGCUUUUCAGCGCUACGUGCCACCACAACGGAGACUAUGAAUCUAACUGCGAGGCGUGCGACCAGGACGAGCUCGUUCAGCGACCCCAACGGACCAAAGACGACAAGAACAAGGUAGUGUUUCAUCGCGGGCGGAUCGCUACAGGCACUUCGGUCAUCCAGGAUGGCGAGUUGCGAGAUCAAAUCAGUGCGCGAUGUGACGGAGCGCUUUGCGUUGAGAUGGAAGCAGCGGGCGUCGACGUCAACAGAAAGUGUCUUGUCAUUCGCGGCAUCUCCGACUAUGCCGAUUCGCAUAAGAACGAUGUUUGGAAGUCUUACGCGGCUGGAAAUGCGGCCGCAUUCACUAGAGAGCUGCUCUGCAGGAUUCAACCCAACGUGGUUAAGAAUAUGGAAGGUGUAAUCGAAGCUCCUUGGAUUGUUCCAUUCACGAGACCCCUAUCCUUCGUCGGCCGAGAGACACAACUCGCUCAGCUUAGUACACAUAUCUCAUUAGAGGACUGCCAGCGACUCGCAAUAUACGGCCUCGGCGGCUGUGGAAAAACCGCGCUGGCUCUCGAGUCGGCAUAUCGCACGAGAGAGCGGCAACCUACACGGGCCAUCUUCUGGGUACCGGCAGUUAGUAGGGAAAGCUUCGAGCAGGCAUACCGAGAGAUAGGGAUGGUUUUGCGCAUACCAGGCAUUGCGGACGCCAAGGCUGACGUUAAACGGCUUGUGAAGACGAGGCUGAGCGACGAAGAUUCGGGGCAGUGGUUGAUGAUUAUUGACAACGCGGACGACACCAACGUGCUUUUCGAUCUGCCUGAAAAGGAAAACGGGGCGAAUCGGCUGAUCGACUACCUCCCGCAUAGUCGUAGAGGCUCGAUCGUUUUCACCACCCGAACUCGAAAGGCUGCAAUCAAACUAGCUCCGAACGAUGUAGAAUUAGGCCAACUAGAUGAACGAGAGGCAAAGGAGGUCUUAAAGAAGAUUUUGCACCAGAAAGUCUUGCUAGAGGAUGAUGAGGUCGUGCAACAGUUCCUGGAGAUUCUUACCUUCCUCCCCCUUGCCAUCGUCCAAGCAGUAGCUUUCAUUAACGAAAACGGUAUUCCUCUCACUGAAUACAUACUUAUAUUCAGAAACAGUGAGAGAGACGCCACGAACCUUCUUAGCGAAGAGUUUGAAGACCAGGGCAGAUAUCGAGAUACGAAGAAUCCAGUGGCCACGACGUGGUAUAUCUCUUUCGAGCAGAUUCGAAAGCAAGAUGAGCUAGGAGCGGAAUACCUAUCAUUCAUGGCCUGUACGACUGGCGAAAGCAUUCCCGCAUCGUUGUUGCCGCCGAGCGCUUCCAGGUUAGGACGGACAAAAGCGAUCGGUACACUGAAAGCAUAUGCUUUUAUUACCGAGCGACAGCCUCAAGAAGAACGGCAAGAUCAAGUACAGGAGUAUCUGGGGGUGUUUGAUGUCCACGCGCUGGUCCACCUAGCAACUCGGAACUGGUUGAGAGAACGCAAUUGGUGGUAUAGCACGGUGGAUAAGGCAUUGACGCGACUGGUGGAUGUUCUCCCUCCCGGCGGUCACGAUAAGAGAGUGGUCUGGACAGCAUAUCUGCCUCAUGCUACCCAUGUUGUUGAUUUGCCUGAAGCGUACGAGGUGGAGGCUAGGAUGUCGCUACUGGACCGGAUAGGACGGUGUGAACACACAAUAGGACGGUACAGAGCUGCGGAGCUAACUCAUCGAGAGCUCCUUGUACGACGAGAGAAAGUAUUAGGAAAGGAGCACCCAAACACGCUGAUAAGCAUGAACGAGUUAGCAUACGCACUAAGCAGCCAGGGAAAGUAUAAGGAGGCGGAGAAUAUGUAUCAAGAGACGCUGGCACUAAGGGAGAAGAUUUCGGGAAAGGAGCACCUGGACACGCUGGCGAGCAUGAACAACUUAACACAGGCACUAAGCAGCCAGGGAAAGAAUAAAGAAGCGGAGAAGAUGUAUCAAGAAACGCUGGCACUAAGGGAGAAGGUCAUGAACAACUUAGCACAGGCACUAAGUGGCCAGGGAAAGUAUAAAGAGGCGGAGAAGAUGCAUCAAGAGACGCUAGCACUAAGAGAGAAGAUUUCGGGAAGGAGCACUCGCACACGCUGA